GUGAGGUGCGUGAUGUCGUCCAGCGAGGAAGAGGUGGCGCUGCCCACGAGCAAGCCCGCAGAGAAGAACAACGCCGGGCUGUUUAGUGAUGAUGACGAAGAGAUCUCGGAUGUGGAGACGAAGCCACCUGCCAAAGAGGACUCCAAGACCCCUACAGCUGACGAUGCCGGAUCUGACAACGGCGAGGAAAUGACCGAAUUGUUUGGGUCUGACUACGAGUCUGAAGAGGAAUUCAAAGCUUCGGGAAUCAAGGAGGACCCUGUCCGCGACGCCGACCGCGACAGCCCCAUUCCCACGACUACUGCAACAAAGCCGUAUGGCAGCAGCAGCGCGCGGGAAGUCGACGAUGCCCACCACGAUGAACUACGCAUCCCGAAAGGCCCCAAGGCCCCGAAGAAGACGAAUCUCUUCUUCACCCGUCCCCCGAACGUCCUUCGAUUUGUUCCGGACGCGUUCACGACCGAAAGCAUCAAGAAAGAGAAGGAAGAGACCGGCGACGAAGGCAUUUACCGCAAUUUCGUUCGCUGGCGGUACAAGUUGGACGCUGGCGGUCGCAUCAUGGUGGACCCGAAAACGGGACUGCCCAUGCGCGAAACCAACGCGCGCAUCGUCAAGUGGGAAGACGGGAGCUACACCAUGUGCGUAGGCGACGAAGUGCUCACGCUGACCCAGCAAAAAGUCGCGAAUUCGUUUGUGUUUGUUAACGAACAAUCGACCGAUGAAACGGUACUCGAGUGUCAUGGCCGCGUCAAGUCCAAGAUGACGAUCCGCCCCAUCUCGACGGCAUCGACAUCCCACCAAAGCCUCAAAAUGUCCAUGCGAGCGCGGCACAACAAGGCCGUGGUGCGCAUUCAAGAGUACGUGUCCGAGAUCGACGGCACGCUCGACAAGGAGCAGCGCGCGGCGGUCAAGCAGGAGCAAAUGAAGCUCGAAAACCGCAAGAAACAGCGCCAGGGGUACGAGUACGACCGCGACCGGUCCAGCCGACUCGACUCGACCUUUCUCGAAGAGGGUUAUGACGGCAUGGACGACGACGACGACAACCUCUCGGCCAUCAAGCAACAGUACAAGGCCAAGAGCAAGGCGACGUCGGGGGGCCGCCGCGCGCCGACCGCCGCGCCCGGUGGACUGGAUGAAUACCGGCAGCAAAAGCAGGCGCAGCGCCAUCGCGCCGUUGAAGUGGACGACGACAGCGACGACGACGACGACAGCGAAGACGAGAUGAUCACGCACACGUCGUCGUCGUCGAAACGGCGCCGGACCGUCGACGAAGACUCGGACUAACCAUGUAUUAUUAAUAUACUACACUACUGCUACCGUUAUGAAUGCAUG